AUGACGAUUUACAAAUUACAUCGACAAGUUGGCAACGACAAAACCGACCAAGACCACCAGGACAACAGCCUCGAGUUGGUCUACCAGUGCCAGAUAUUCAAAAGAAACAAAAUCCAUCACAUUUCAAUCAACACACAAGCUCGAAAAAUUAUUGCAAGUGGUGGUCGAUCAUUCACCGUACUCCCAUUUGAAGUAUUGACAUCGCCACCACAAGUGCCACAACAUUACCAAGCUAAAGAGAGAGCGAUUAACGAAUGGAUCAUUACUUCGGAAGUUUUGCAUGAUGGUACUAUUCUUUUACUCAACUCGUACAACGUCGUGUACAAGAUAGCUCCUAAUACAUCACUGCUGAAGCAAAGAGAAGAUGUUGGCGAUGAUGAUGAUGAUGAUGAGGUCGUGGUAACGAAAAUUCAUUGUGGUGAGAAAUCGAUCUUGUAUAGCGGAUCCAUCAGUGUUCUUGCUUCACAAAACAAGAUUUAUGUUGCUGCGGGUACUGUGAUGAAUGGAGUCAUACUUUGGGAUUUGGACAAGCAGGAGAUCAUCCACAGUUUGAAUGAUCAUGAUGGGUCCAUUUUUGGGGUCAAGAUUGAUGGUGAUGGGAAACAUGUUGUGUCGUGUUCGGAUGAUCGCAGUAUUAAGUUGUAUGAUUUUGCAUCUGGGAGCGUAAUUGCAACUGGAUGGGGACAUGGAUCGAGGAUAUGGAAUUUGGAAUUUGCUAGAACUAGUAGCAGGAGUAGCAGUACAAUGGGUACUGAUAAUAAAAGACAAGAUGAUGGAGAUGGAAAUGCCGAUGAUGAGAAAGAGCUUAGAAUUAUGAGUAUUGGUGAAGAUUGCACGUUGCGGAUUUGGAAGCACGACCCAACUUCGGAUUUACUACAGUCGGUCAAAGUGAUUGAAAAUUGUCAUCGUGGUAAACAUGUCUGGUCAGGUGAUAUAGAUGCUUCUGAUUUACAGCUCUGCUGCACUGGUGGAGCUGAUGGUAGAGUCAGAUUGCAUGAUUUACAAAGCAGGAAUCAGGUUACUACAAAGUUGACAUUGUCUGAUUUUGCAGCUCACUUGGCGCCGCAAACUCCAAUACUGUUUGGUAAAAAGGAUUGUGUGCGAGAUUAUUUUGAGUUGAUACAAUUUAACAAAUUGGUGUGUUUGACUUCGAACGGAUACGUUCUCGAAUACGACUAUGUGUCAAAGAAGUGUCUGACGAUUCACCACGAUGACAAACUUGUCGGUUUUGGCAUAGUUGAUGGGUUCAAUGACUUGGACUUGGUUGUAGUUGCAGACCGUGGUGGUAAUCUAUUGACUGUACAAUACGCAGAAGGUGGUGAGCAUAGUGUGUCGAGGAUUGAGUCCAAUGACCCAUCUAUCAAAAUUACAAACUUGCUAACUAGCUCGAUGGAGGGAAGGUACUUUAUAUUGAUUGAAUCUCCCAAUGUGAAAACCCCAUUCAAACUACAUGAAUUAGGAAUACCAAAUGUGAAUUCUUCUUUUGUCGGUAUCGUCAAGUCGUGGGACAUCCCGAAACCAGAGGCAAGUUUCCCCGUAACGGCAAUGACGGUUGAUGUCACCAAUAACCGGAUCAUACUCGCAUCGAAACGCAUGUCAUUAUUCCUAGUCGAUCUCACCAACUUGAGCAACUGUUUGAUGUUGAAAAAGGUUGCAUCGGGCGAUACCGUCAGCACAGUGUCAAUCUUAAACUCACAACUGGGGAUAUCAACUAUAUUGGUACUCGCAAGAGAUGGAGUGUACUUGAUCCUCACCGUUACUCAACAACACAACCAAUUCAAAUCUGACAUCAUUCACGAAAAUAAAUUGACACGCGGGUUCAUUGAAGGUGGGUUCUUCCAUAACGGCGCCGAUUUGAUCUUGUAUGGAUUCAAGUCUUCGUAUUUCUACGUAUGGAACGAAACUAGACAGAUUGAAAUUAUGAACGAGUAUUGUGGAGGUAAUGGGCAUAGACAUUUCAAGUUUUAUCGCAAGAGUUUAUCCGAGUUUAGUUUUAUUUAUCUGUUCAAGAAUGACAUUCAUGUUUGUCAUUACAAUGGUCGUUUUAUACACAAGAAUGGAAUCGGCAUUGAAACUGACCAUGAAGCACCCGAUUUCGGCGUGAUUCAUGGUGGAACCCACGGUCGUGAAAUACGAGACGUUGCAAUCCAAAAUAAUGCGCCAUUAUUACCCGAUGGAUCGAGAUUGUUGAUUAGUUCCGCUGAGGAUUCAACCAUUGGGUUGACAAAGUUGUUGCCCAAUGGUGCCAUUCACAAUUAUUGGAAUAUGACAAACCACAUAUCGGGUAUGCAAGCAGUUGGAUUCCUCAAUGCAAAUUACGUAUUUAGUUGUGCUGCUAAUGAGGAGUUUAUCAUUUGGGAGUUGAGUUGGUUGCAUCAGGUUGCAGGAACUGGCGCACAUAAGCUGAUAAAUACAAUUCCGACGUUGCGGGAGUUGGCGAGGUUGAAAUCGGAUCAAGAUGUGCCUGAUUUGCGAGUUAUGGAUUAUGAUGCUGUUGAAUACGAUGAAUACAUUCUUGUUACUACAGUGUAUUCCAACUCGAUGAUCAAAUUGUGGAAGUUUGACAAGAAUACCGAUCAGCUCAAGUUUAAUAAACUUCAUGAGUGGAAUUAUUCAACUUGUUGCAUUUUACAUUGUCAGUUUUUCAAGUUGGGUAGUGACAAUGAAGGAAGAACAAGAGAUUUCUUGUUGAUUGCAACUACUGAUGGGAAUGUCACUAUUUAUAAUGUCUCAGAUCCUAAAUCUCCAGCUCAACAAUGCCAACUGAGACUUCAUCAAAGUGGAGUCAAGGCAAUUUGUUUGGUUCAGAACGAAAACAAUUUACGUGAUGAGGUUCUUCUCCUUACUGGUGGCGAUGAUAAUGCACUCGUUGCCUCAACAAUAACUAUCCCGGCGAGUAAUGAUGAUUCGCAAUUGGACCUACGCUUGAUUAAACGAGAACCUAAUGCUGCAUCAGCUACAAUUACGUCAAUAUCGCAUGUGCGUGACAAUUUGUUUGUUGUGGUGUCUGUUGAUCAAAUGAUUAGAUUGUGGUCUGUCACUGAUGAUGCUUUAUACUGUCAAGAUGCGAGGUACACCACAGUUGCAGAUACUGGAUGUUGUGAUGUCACUACUGUUGGAGGUAAACAUGUUGUGAUUGUUGGUGGUGCUGGGUUAAGUACUUGGGAAAUUUCCCCGUAA